AUGCUCAAAGACCCCAAAAAAAAGUCGUCUAAGAGCGUCAAAGUUAAGACCAUGGUAGACCCAGUUGCAAAACAAUGGCCGGAGGGUGUAACUGUGGCACGGACUCGCUCCAGCAACGUCGAAUUCGUGCCGGCCAAAACCCACGAUAUGGUUCGGUCGUUGUUUGAUCCCACUCUCAAAAAAUCGUUUUUGGAAGUGCUGAUCAGUCUGGCUAUCAUCAGCAACGUGGUGCUUUGCUAUUUCGCAGCCUCGAAGUUCGGCGUCGUUUUCACCAAGUGGCUAUACCUGUGGCAGUACGUAUUCUGGAGAUUGUGCUACAACAUCGGUAUCGGUGUGAUCCUGUAUCACCAGUCCAAGUACGAGUCGCUCACCCAAUAUGCAAAACGCCACGCCCUUUUCAGCAAAAAAAACCAGCACUGGCUGGCACGGUUCUGCCGCUUUGAGCUUCAUUCUAAGAUGCCCUCUUCGUACCGUGUCGAGGCGUUCCCUGAAGAGUUCAACACAUGGCUUCUGUUCCGUCAAUUUGUCGAUCUGAUUCUCAUGCAGGACUUCACCACCUACAUGUUGUUUGUCUGUUUGUCUAUUCCCAAGACUGUUUUACCCAGCCACAGUGUUAGCGUCUUACUGGGCGUCAUGAUGAUUUUGUUCAACAUUUGGGUUAAAAUUGACGCUCAUCGUGUGGUGAAGGAUUAUGCUUGGUACUGGGGCGACUUUUUCUACUUCCAGGACUCCAAACUCGUUUUCGAUGGUGUGUUCAACAUCUCACCCCAUCCUAUGUACUCCAUCGGUUAUAUGGGCUACUACGGAUUGAGUUUGAUUUCAGGAGACUACAAAGUUCUUUUGGUGUCUAUCGGGGGCCAUUUGCUGCAGUUUUUGUUUCUCAGAUACUGUGAAACGCCACAUAUCGAAAAGAUUUAUGGUCCGGACGCAGUUGAGUCUGACAACGCGCAAAUUGAUGAACUUCUUGUUAAAGAAAACCGCAAUUACUCUAAGCCACUGAUCACAAAGGGCUUCAGCCUAACCAAUUUCGAUAAAUUGAGAUUGACAGACUAUUUCACCGUUGCCACUGUGCUGGCAAUCAUUGCGCUCACAGCCACUCUAAAACCUUCCACCAAGACCCUAUUUUGUGCUACGCUAGGUACUAAACUUGUCACUUCGAUUUUCCUCUCGUUGAUUCUGCACAAGCAAUCUACUUCGAAAUGGUUCACAAGGCUCUUUAUGAAAAAUGGCUACACUCAGGUUCAUUCGUUUCACCAAUGGCAGUUCAUUUACAAUUACUCUUUGACCGUUACCUAUACACUUCUGAUGUUGCAAUCGUUCUUUGAGUUUAAAUCUAUUGAGAGCCGAAACUACACCCAAGUAAUUUUUGGCUUCUUGCUUUGCUAUCUCCAAAAAUGGUGCGACGAUGAGAUUUUGACCGCUAUAUCAGAAUUUGGUUGGUUCUAUGGUGAUUUCUUCCUCACAAAUUACAUUAGCUCUCGGAAGCUGAAUUCGCAGGGUAUCUAUCGCUAUUUGAGCAACCCUGAAAGAUUUCUUGGUGUUGCAGGAUGUUGGGGCUCUGUUCUGAUUACUCAAUUCUCACCUUAUAACAUGGCUUUGGCAGUUGUGUGGACUGCUGCAAACUUUGCCCUGGUAAAAUUGGUCGAGGAACCCCAUGUUAACAAGGUUUACGGAGCUAAAAACAGGCAAAGUGGUGUCUCAAGCACCUUAAAGGGCUUCAAACCCAUAAGAAGGUUCUCGGAAAUUGUGGACAAAAUGGAAUCAAGAAUAGCGGAACAUUUGACUUUUAGCGAUUCUGUCUUUGAAGCGGAAGAAUCAUCCGAUAAAUCUGAAGCUCAGUGGAAUGAAAUGUUGCAAAAGGCUUUGAACAAUGCUACUGCCAACCUUGCUCCAAAUUUUGAGUUUAGAGUCGGCGAUGGCAUCAGCGACACGAUCCUUAUCCCUGGACCUAUUGAGGCACACUGGCAACUACCGGCCAAGCUCCAUAAUGAGAAGGAUUGGGUUGGACUUUAUGAGGUUCUGGGAACUGGAGACGACCGUCGCAGAACUAAGAUACCCACCAAUGGCUUGUGGUCAGGAACUACCAAGGAUUCAUACCCAGGAAUCGGUAGGCCCGAAAAUUGCGUGGCCAGUUUCAAGAAAACUGCAGAUGUGGUUUCUGGUGACUUGAAUUUCGAUUACCAAUUGAUGUUUUUCGAGGAAGGUAUCUAUGAGCUCAGGUAUCAUAGCAAAGACAGCCACAAAGUGCUCAUGAUCUCCCCGCCUUUCAGACUGUCACUUCCGGAACUUGAUUGUAGUUCUUCUGAGAGUAUGAACGAAGGCUUGGGCGAAUUUUUGAAGGCUUGCCAUGCUUAUGAAAAUGGAAAGUACAUGCCUGGCAAGAAUCAACACUUUUCCGAAAAGUGCUUCAAGAAUAUUAUCAAGCAAGCUGCUGGGGUCGAUCUAUCCAUAAAGUAUCUCCGCAAAAUCAACUACGACAUAGCCGUUAUUUCUCAGACGGUUCAAGAAAUUAAGAAUGUGUUGAGAGACCUGGACUAA